GUAUGGGACAGAAGCUACGGCCCACAGGUUGGACUAACCGAGGGCGGGGAAAGGAGGAUCAGAAUCGGCAGCCAAUCAGGGCUCGGCACAAGCCCAGCCAAUCGGGUUGGGUCAGCUGGGGCUUAGCCAAUCGAGCUCGAUGAGGAAGAACUGAGUCGGAGCUUGCGCCUCUCGCGUCCAGCUGUGGGUGGUGCUAGGUCAGUUCAGCCGACCGGGUUGGGGUCGUAGCUGGGCGGCUCUCUGUUUCUCGCAGAAGCCCCGGAGUAUCCCGUCUAGAGGCCAUGGGGAGGCAGUGGGGGUCUGCCAUGAGGGCAGCAGAACAGGCGGGCUGCGUGGUGAGCGCCUCCCGGGCCAGACAACCUGAGGCAGGCCCGUGGAGCUGCAGCGGGGUGAUCCUGAGUCGUAGCCCGGGCCUGGUGCUGUGCCACGGGGGCAUCUUCGCCCCCUUCCUGCGAGCUGGCAGGGAGGUCCUGACAGCGGCCGGCGCCGUCUUCCUGCCUGGCGACAGUUGCAGCGAUGAUCUGCGCCUGCACGUGCAGUGGGCCCCAGUGGCCGCGGGUUCCUUGGGCGGCGUAGAGCGGGGUAGGCCCGGGCUGUGCACGCCCCAGUGCGCGGGCCUCGAGCCCAGCCCACCUGCCUCGUACUGCAGGCGGCUCCAGCAGCCCCCACUUCCCGCCGAGCUGCUGCUGCUGCUGAGCUGCCCGGCCUUCUGGGCCCACUUCGCGCGCCUCUUCGGGGACGAGACAGCGGAACAGUGGCGCUUCGCGAGCGUGGCGCCGGAUGAUGAAGUGUCGGAGGACGAGGAGGAGGAUCAACUGAGAUUGCUGGGCUGGUUCGCGCUGCUGGGCGUGCGGCUAGGCCAGGAGGAGGCAGAGGAGGAGCGCGGGCCGGCAGUGGCGGUGGCGCCACUCGGGGCCGUGCCCAAGGGCGCGCCGUUGCUGGUCUGCGGCUCCCCAUUCGGGGCCUUCUGCCCCGACAUCUUUCUCAACACGCUGAGCCGCGGGGUGCUCAGCAACGUGGCCGGCCCGCUGCUGCUCACCGACGCACGCUGCCUGCCCGGCACGGAGGGCGGCGGCGUGUUCACCGCGCGGCCUGCGGGGACGCUGGUGGCUCUGGUGGCGGCACCGCUCUGCUGGAAGUCUCGCGAAUGGGUGGGCCUCACGCUGCUCUGCGCUGCUGCCCCGAUCCUCCGUGCUGUCCGCGCGGCGCUCGGCCGCCUGUUCCCCAGCACCGCUGCCCUGGCCGCCCACCUGCCGCUAGAGGUGGGCGUCCCGUGGGGCCUGCCCCUCCGAGAACCCGGGCCCCCGUGGGCAGCCGCGGCUGUGUUGGUGGAGUGCGGCUCCGUAUGGGGCUCUGGAGUGGCUGUGGCUCCCCGCCUUGUAGUGACCUGCCGGCACGUGUCCCCUCGGGAGGCAGCCAGGGUCCUGGUGCACUCCACGUCCCCCAAGAGUGUGGCCGUCUGGGGCCGUGUGGUAUUUGCCACUCAGGAGACAUGUCCUUAUGACAUAGCAGUUGUGAGCCUGGAGGAAGACCUGGAGGAUGUUCCCAUCCCUGUGCCCGCUGAGCACUUCCAUGAAGGUGAAGCUGUGAGUGUGGUGGGCUUCGGCGUCUUUGGCCAGGCUUGCGGGCCCUCAAUGACGUCAGGCAUCCUGUCGGCUGUGGUGCAGGUGGAUGGCACGCCUGUGAUGCUGCAGACCACAUGUGCUGUGCAUGGUGGCUCCAGUGGGGGACCCCUCUUCUCCAACCACUCAGGGAACCUCCUUGGCAUAGUCACCAGUAACACCCGGGACAAUAGCACAGGGGCCACCUACCCCCACCUGAACUUCAGCAUUCCCAUCACGGUGCUCCAGCCCGCCCUGCAGCACUACAGCCAGACCCACGACCUGGAUGGCCUCCGUGAGCUGGACCGCGCCGCUGAGCCAGUCAGGGUGGUAUGGCGGCUGCAGCGGCCCCUGGCAGAGGCCCCACGGAGCAAGCUCUGAGGCUCUGUCACCUCCUCUGGAAAGAAGAGUGACCUUUUUCUGCUGUAGGAAGUGAUGUUGAGGUAAUUGUGGCCCCAGAAUCCAGGGCCCAGCACCUGAAGGGGCCCGGGCAGCCUCUCAUCUCCAGCCACUGCCUGCAGUCCUGGCUCUGGGCCCUGGGGCAAACUUCUCUUCAGCCCCCUGGGUCCUUAAUCUGGCAGCCUGUUUUGGGGUGCUUUCUUGAGCCCCCAGUUCUCUGUCCCCUAGCACUAGACUAAGCUUGUUUUUCCUUCUGGGGAGCCCACUCCAACUGCACAGACAUUCUGGGCCUGAUAGGUAGAUGCUGGCCAGAAGGCAGGCCUGUGCCUGGUUUUGCAUCUGUUCCCCUGAGGGCCACCGGCCUCCUGGAGCUUCACUGGGGCUUUGGCUCCCAUCUGCCUCACAGUCAGAGUCAAGGCUGACAGAGGACUCAGGAGAAACCCUGCUCUGAAGACCAGAGACAGAAGGGACGGAAACAGGAGUGCCUCCUGCUGUGCCAGGCCUGUGGGCAGUGCAGGCGGGUCCCUGAAGGUCAGCACUCUUGGGUGUUCAGGGACCCUCUGACACUGUGCCUUCGUUUUCCAGCCCACAGCCUGGGUCUCAGGGAUCUUGAGGGGUAGAAGAUGUGUGGUUGGGGCUUAGGAAUAAACGUGAUCUAUUGAUAAACCUCUA